UUGCUUCUCUUAACCCUGGCUGAUAUCAAUGCGUUAAGAUAUUGCUCGUUCGAUAAAAUUCAGGUGAUCUGAACACAUCUAUUAUUUUAGUCAUCGAUCAUUUCCAAGACUGAUCGCAGUCACCAUGAGCACUGCCAUUAGGUUAGUUUGCUUCGCAACGGCGUUGCUCAGUGUUUCCAGCUUCUCAAUACCAUUGAGACAGGACCCAGAGACCCUGUGCAUCGGCCAGCAGAAUUUCUUGAGAAUUGCAAAUGUCGAAAGCUGUACUUUCUACUACCAAUGCUACUCCGGCCAGUCGUACUCGAUGCAGUGUCCGUUCGGUUCAUGGUUCAACGAACAAGAACAGAUAUGUGACGAGUCUGAAGCACCAGAAGGUUGUGUGGUAGAAACAGAACCUACUCCAGAACCGGAACCUGAGGUAAUUCCUGAACCAGAGGAAGAGGUUGAACAAGAACCAGAAGAAGAACAAGAACCAGAACAAGAAGAAGAACAAGAAGAAGAACAAGAACCAGAACCAGAAGAAGAACAAGAACCAGAAGAAGAACAAGUGCCAGAAGAGGAACAAGAACCAGAAGAUGAACAAGAACCAGAAGAGGAACCUGUCACAGAACUGGAGCCCGAGGAGGAGCCAGAACAAGACCAAGAAGAGGAAGAAGAACAAGCACCAGAAGACGAGAAUGAACCAGAAGUAGAAGACCCAGAAGUGGACUCUGAAGUAGAAGAAGAGUCCGAGUCCAAUCAGGAGCCGGAAGAGAAUGAGGUAGACGACUCAGAACGAAGAUAUAAAACAAGGAAAACAAGGCAAUUAGAUUCUGAAGACGAUGGUGAUGAUGAGGAGGUUGAUGCUGAUGAAGAGAAUGAUGAUGAUGCAAAUAAUGACGAGGACGACGAAUCCGCACAAAAGUUCAAAACAAGAAAAUUCAAGCAAUUAGAAGAUGAUGAUGAAAACGCUCCUAUAGAUGAAAAUGAAGACAACGACAAUGAAGAUGAUUCUGGGGAAGUACCAGAACAAAAAUUUAGAUCAAGAAAAUUAAAGCAAUUAGAAACCGAAGAGGCUGAGGAAGAUGAUGAAGACGUUAUUGAUGACUUGGUAGAUGAUCUGAAGAAGCAAUUAGAUACUGCCGAUCAGGACGAGGAAGAUGAUGUGAAUGAUGAAGAAGGCGAAGAAUCCGAAGAAGCCAAAAAACUGAAACAGUUAGAAGACGGAGAUGAGCAGUCUAAUGAAGAUGAAGAGACUGAUGAUUCUAAUGAUGAUGAGGACAACGAAUCUAGUGAUGACGAAGUUUCUGACGAAUCAGAACGAAAAUUUAAAACAAGGAAACUGAAACAAUUAGACAAUGAAGAAGACGAGAACGUAGAUGAUCAGUCAGAUGAUGAUGAAAAUGACGAUGAGGAUUCCGACGAAUCUGUACGAAAAUUUAAAACAAGAAAACUGAAACAGUUAGAAACUGAUGAUGAGGAAUUGGAGCAGUCAGAUGACGAUGAAAAUGAAGAAUUGGAGAACAAUAUGGAAAGAGGUAGAGACCACAACCACAACCAUGGUCAACACCAUGAACACAAUCAUGAACACGAUCAUGAACACGAUCAUGAACACGAUCAUGAACACAACCAUGAACACAAUCAUGAACACGAUCAUAAUCACGACGAGUCCGAGGGAUCGGGCAGUGAAGAAAGCGAGGAACUAGUGGAUGUUAUUCCUCAAGGAAUCCCCCUUCAGGAAGACGUUGAAAAAGAUGAUGAAACUGAUACACGAAGAGUGAAGCGGUCUCUCCAACAAGUCAUUGACAGUGAGGAAUUAGAAGAAUCUAUUGAACAAGAUGUGGCUGCUCAAAACAUCUUCUAUAGAUGGCUCGGCGCUAUUAACUAGAUGUUUUUUUUCAAAAGCAUAUUGAGUGCUUUCUAAAACGUAGUGUUGAAUAAGUUAGUUAUAGUAUCACUUUGUGCAAUUUUGUAAAUAUGACGUGUGUACAAUAAAUUAUUAUGCGUUACUGUUUAAUUA